GCACGAAUGCAACAUGAGACUUAAGAAGUGGAAGUCAAAGCACUCCGGGCUUCACGCGCUGCAGAGGCUCUCGUUGCACCCGGACUAGCGCGUGCUCACACACUUGUGGGGUUCGAAAGAAUAUGCGACUUUAAAUACCGAUCAUUAUUAAUGUACUAAACAGCGCGUGCGCGUGUGUGUGAACUACAGGAAGGGACCAGGCGCGUGAAGGGGUGUGUGUGUGUGUGCGCGUGUCUCUCAGGUGUGUGUGUGUGUGUGUGUGUGUGUGUGUGCGCGCGUGUCUCUCAGGUGUGUGUGUGUGUUAGGUGUGCCACUAUGCUGUCGAGACUGCGUGUGAGUGUGUGGCCGUGUCUGAGUGUGUGUCGCUUGGCUCACACUAAAGAGAAAGGCAAACCACUGAUGCUCAACCCACGCACCAACAAGGGCAUGGCCUUCACCCUGAAGGAGAGGCAGGUUCUGGGACUCCACGGUUUGCUGCCCCCGAAGAUUGAGACUCAGGACCUCCAGGCCAUGCGUUUCCAGAAGAACCUGAGGAAGAUGUCCGACCCCCUGCAGAAGUAUAUCUACCUUAUGGGGAUUCAGGAGCGUAAUGAGCGUUUGUUCUAUCGGGUGUUGAUGGAGGAUAUAGAGGCUCUGAUGCCCAUUGUGUACACGCCCACUGUGGGACUGGCCUGCACCCAAUACGGACACAUCUUCCGCAGACCGAAAGGCCUCUUUAUUUCCAUUAUGGAUCAGGGACACAUCCGUUCCAUCCUGGACAACUGGCCAGAAACUAACGUGAAGGCUGUGGUAGUGACCGAUGGUGAGAGGAUUCUGGGACUGGGUGAUCUCGGUGUGUAUGGAAUGGGCAUUCCUGUAGGGAAGCUGUGUUUGUACACUGCCUGUGCUGGGAUCAGACCAGAAAGCUGCCUGCCGGUGUGUAUCGAUGUGGGAACAGAUAAUGAGAAGUUGCUGAAGGACCCGUUCUACAUGGGGCUGUACCGGCGGCGGGAGCGCUCACAGAGGUACGAUGACCUGAUCGAUGAGUUCAUGGAGGCCGUGGUGGACAAGUACGGUCAGGACACACUCAUACAGUUCGAGGACUUUGGAAAUCACAAUGCCUUCCGCUUCCUGAAAAAAUACAGACAUCGAUACUGCACCUUCAAUGAUGACAUCCAGGGCACUGCAGCAGUAGCUCUGGCCGGUUUGUUGGCAGCACAGCGUGUGGUGGGGAAACCGAUCACUGAGCACACAGUUCUGUUUCUGGGAGCUGGAGAGGCGGCUCUGGGCAUCGCUAACCUCAUCGUCAUGGCGAUGAUGGAGGAGGGGGUGAGUCAGGCAGACGCACGCAAGAAGAUCUGGAUGUUCGAUAAAGACGGUCUCCUAGUCCAGGGCAGAUCUCAGUCCACAGACAGUAAUCAGGAAGCAUUUGUUCACCCGAGUCCUGGAGAUGUAAAGAGUUUUCUGGAUGCUGUUAAUGUCAUCAAGCCCACAGCCAUCAUUGGUGUGGCAGGGGCGGGGCGUCUCUUCACUCAUGAUGUCAUCAGAGCGAUGGGCUCGUUUAAUGAGCGGCCAAUCAUCUUCGCUCUCAGCAACCCCACUGCUAAAGCUGAGUGUACAGCAGAGGACGCCUACGGUCUCACACAUGGUCGGUGUCUGUUUGCCAGUGGCAGUCCGUUUGGUGCGGUUACUCUGGAUGACGGCAGAAUCCUCAUCCCAGGACAGGGGAACAACGCAUACAUAUUUCCUGGUGUAGCCCUGGCGGUGAUCCUCAGUGGAGUUCGACACAUCAGUGAUACGGUGUUCCUUGAAGCUGCCAAGACCCUGGCAGAUCAGCUGACAGAUGAGGAGUUGAGUCAGGGUCGACUUUAUCCUCCACUGUCCAGCAUCAGAGAGGUGUCUGUGCAGAUGGCCGUCAAGGUGGUGGAGUACCUGUACAGUAAGGGUAUGGCGUUCCGGUACCCUGAGCCCGUGGAUAAAGAGGCCCAUGUGAGGUCAGUUGUGUGGAACACGCAGUAUGACUCCUUCCUCCCGGACACCUACGAAUGGCCCGGAGUCUCCCACAGCCCCAUCCUCGACUAGCCCUCAGUGUCCAGGAACACUCCUCCUGACCACCUGAAUUCCAGCUCACUAGUGCAGGAACACUCCAACACCCACAACGCACUCACAAAACAUGAGCGCACACACACACGCAAAAACAUUAUCAUAAAGGAAAUGUACACUCCACACACACACACACACACACACACACAGUGCACUCACAAAACAUGAGCGAGCACACACACGUACAAACAUUAUCAUAAAGGAAAUGUACACUCCACACACACACACGCGCGCACACACACACACGCAAAAACAUUAUCAUAAAGGAAAUGUACACUCCACACACACACAGUGCACUCACAAAACAUGAGCGAGCGCACACACACACACAAACAUUAUCGAUAAGGAAACACACAAUCAUAAAGGACACACACUCCAUGCACACAUAUAUUAAUUAUAUAAUAUAAUAUAAUAUAAUAUAAUAUAAUUAAUAUAAUAUAAUAUAAUAUAAUAUAAUAUAAUUACACCCACACCAUGUACACAGUUCCUCAGGCUGGAAUUAGUUAAACACACUCAGUCAGUCAGUGUAUAAAGAAUAGCUGCUCUCAUUCACAUCACUCCAGUAGACUAGCCAGCUGACCAGUCCUCCUCCCUCCUAAUGCGGUCACUAAUUCCUCUACACUGAGAGCUUGAUCUUACUGACUGGACAGUAUGAGAGAUGGUGGACACGGAGUCUGCCGUGAGGAAGGAGGAGAUCUGAGAGGAAGACCAGACCAGAGCAUGUGCUGCUUCACAUAGCCAGGAGAGUGUGAUGAUACCUGCUGCUCAUCUCCCUGCUCCUGGUCAUGAAGGGAUUAUCACCACUACACACACACUCCUGCAUUGACCUGUGUGUGUGUGUGUGUGUGUGUGUGUGUGUGUUCAGCUUACUGACCUCUUCCUUUCCUCAGCUUCACAACUCGCCUGUGUGUUACUGUACCUCUGACUAGUCUCAGUUUAGCUGUGUGUGUGUGUAGCUCAGUGUGACUGAGCCAUGGACAAGCUGGUGAUGAUGAUGAUGAUGAUAAUAAUAAUAAUAGAGGUUUGUGUACGCUGACAAUUUACAACUGAUUUUAGUUGGAAAAAGUCUUUGCUAAAUGAAUAAAUGUAUAAAAUAUCA